AUGGGCGCCAACCGUUCUGCAUCUGAGGUCCGAAAGUUGGCUGAAGCUCCGUUAAACUUUGGCAAGGGCUCCCGCGCUUGUCUUUAUUGCAAGCUAGUUCAGACGUACGAGCAGUUCAUCGACAACGGGUGCGGAAACUGUGUUACUUUGAACAUGAAGGGGGACAAGGAUCGUGUAUCUGAACUAACAACGUCAAAUUAUUCUGGGAUGGUGUCACUAUUAGAUGGACGCGCGUCCUGGGUCGGCAAAUGGCUAAGACUAGAUACCUGUGUUCCUGGUUGUUAUGCCCUUAGUUUGCAUAGUUCUACGUCCAUUCGAUGA